AUGCACUCACUCUCAUUGAUUUCCCUUUUCCUCGGCGUGGCAGCCGCCGCCUCGCCUUACGCUCCUUCAACCACAUCCUGCCCAAGCGGCCCAUUAAUCCGCGACGGAAAUACCGAACUCAGCGACCGAGAGGAGGCGUAUCGGGUCGGGCGCAAAGCCAAAGCAGACGAAUCACUUGCAGCAUGGCUGGAGAAGCAAAGUCCUGGGCUCGGAUCAGGCAACCUGCCCACCCUCAGCCUCUCAAUAUCCGGCGGCGGAUGGCGGUCGUUUCUAAUCGGCGCUGGAGUGAUGCAAGGCAUGGACGAUCGGGACAGCGACGUCGUUACGAGCGGUCUCCUUCAGGCCUUGACCUAUCACAUCGGAGUAUCCGGAGGCGGCUGGUUGGUCUCAUCCUGGGCAGGCAACAAUUUCCCCACUGUGUCACAGCUCGCGGAUGAUCUGUGGAAAUCGGCCUUCAAACAUGGCAUCGAGGCACCGGACGGCUGGAAGGCCCUUGCGGCGUACGCAGACAUCACGGCCGACGUCGUCGAGAAGAAGGCGGCGGGCUACCCAAUCUCGUUGAACGAUCCCUGGUCACGACUUCUGUCGUACCAGAUGAUCGAGGGUGACAGAGGCGGUGUCGCUACCCGAUUGUCGGACGUGGCAGGGUUUUCUAAUAUCGUCGAUUAUAAUGUGCCGUUGCCCAUUAUCAAUGCUAAUGGUAUCAAUACUAAAGUUGGCCUCUGCGGGCCUACGGAUAAUGGCACCGUAUGGGAGUUUACGCCGUUCGACUUUGGCAGUUGGAACGACGAUAUAUCAGCCUGGAUCCCCAUCGAGUAUCUGGGCACCGCUGCCGGCGACACCGAAUGCACCGUUGGCUUCGACAAUCUCGGCUUCAUUCUUGGCACAGGCUCCAAUCUCUUCGGCAAUGAAGUCUGCGUCGAGUCGAAUCCGUUCAGUGAUAUGCAGAGUGUCCUUGAGAAGCUCGUGGAGGUGCUUCAUAAUGUGGACGAGGAACUUGACUUUGGGCGGGUUCCGAAUCCGUUCAAGGGCUUCAACGGCACUGGCGACGAGGCGAAGGAGGUGUUCCUGGUCGAUGAAUUAUAUAUGGUUGAUGGUGGUAUCGGCCUGCACAACGACCCGAUUGCACCGCUGCUGGAGCCUGCGCGCAACGUCUCCGUCAUCAUCCUAAGUGAUUCUUCUGCCGACGAGAACAACUUCCCUACUGGAGCCUGUCUCAUCGACGCAUCGUGGUACACGAAGAACAUUUCUCGCAUUGCAGACCGCAUGCCUACGAUCCCGGACGAGUCGGUGUUCAUCGAAAAGGGCUUCAACAAGCGGGCCGUCUUCUUCGGGUGUAAUGAACCAGAGGCGGUGACCAUUGUGUAUCUGCCCAACGUCAACUACACAUAUCAGAGCAAUCUGUCCACUUCGAAAUUCCAGUACGACCCGGAGGUGACCGAGGGCAUGAUUGCGAAUGGCUUGGAGACUGCGACACAGAACGGCGCAGAGGGCUGGGGACUGUGUUUGGCAUGCGCCAUAAUGAUGAAGGAGGAGGGUGCGAACUUGCCAGAUGGAUGUGAUGCUUGCUUCGACGAGUGGUGCUACAAAGCGCCAGCAGAUAAAAUCCAGGGCGCGGAUCAAGCAUCAACAAACGGGACUACGAGCCUAGGCCGGCGUAGAUCGUUGGAGAAUUAA